AGACAGUCAAACUCUCAGACCUUCACUGUCACUGAGAGCUGACAUGGCACAGGGAGGAACUCAGCUGGACUCUGAAAAAUUCUCCUGUUCCAUCUGUCUGGAUCUACUGAAGGACCCGGUGGCUCUUCCUUGUGGUCACAGCUACUGCAUGAGCUGUAUUCAAAGCUGCUGGGAUGGAGAGGACCAGAGGAGAAUCUACAGCUGCCCACAGUGCAGACAGACCUUCACCCCAAGGCCUGUACUGCAGAAAAACACCAUGUUAGCAGAGUUAGUGGAGGAGCUGAAGAAGACGGGACUCCAAGCUCCUCCUGAUGGUGGCUAUGCUGGACCUGGAGAUGUGGCCUGUGAUGUCUGCACUGGGAGAAAGCUGAAAGCCCUCAAGUCCUGUCUGGUGUGUCUGGUCUCUUACUGCCAGCAGCACCUCCAGCCUCACUACGAUGUAGCCCAGUUAAAGAAACACAAGCUGGUGGAGCCCACUGUAAAACUUGAGGAGAACCUCUGCUCUAUUCAUGGCGAGGUGAUGAAGAUCUUCUGCCGCACUGAUCAGCAGUGCAUCUGUUAUCUCUGCUCCAUGGAAGAACACAAAGACCACGACACAGUCUCAGCUUCAGCAGAAAGAACUGAGAGGCAGAGAGAGCUCGGGAGGAAUCGGCAAAAAAUCCAGCAGAAAAUCCAGGACAGAGAGGAAGACAUGAAGGAGCUUCAGCAGGAGGUGGCGGCCAUCAAUCUUUCUGCUGAUGAAGCAGUGGAGCAAAUCAGAUCGCAACAGAAAGCCGAGGUGAGUCGGACGGAAAAACUGCAGGAGAGGCUGAAGCAGGAGAUCGCUGAGCUGAGGAGGAAAGACGCUGAGCUGGAGCAGCUCUCACACACAGAGGAUCACACACAUUUUCUGCACAGUUACCCCUCACCAUCAUGUCUCACUGGAUCUACACCCUUUCCCUGCACCAAUAUCCAUCUUCGGUCCAGCAAGAAGCUUGUGACUUCAGCUUUUACAGAGCUCAGAAAUGAACUGCAGGAUGCUCGUAGUAAGAACAGGACAAAGAUCUCAACAGGAACUAAACCAGAUGCUUUACUGCCACAACCUGAACCCAGAACCAGAGAUGAUUUCUUGCAGUAUUCACGUCAAAUCACACUGGAUCCAAACACAGCACACAGAGAGCUUUUAUUAUCUGAUUGGAACAGAAAGGCAACAAGAGUGAAAGCACAGCAGUCAUAUUCUCGUCAUCCACAAAGAUUCACUGAACACUGUCAGGUCCUGAGCACAGAGAGUCUGACUGGACGGUGUUACUGGGAGGUGGAGUGGAGGGGAUGGAGAGUUUCAGUAGCAGCCGCAUAUCAGGAUGUGAGCAGAACAGGGGAUGAUGGUAUAUUUGGAAACAACGACAAGUCUUGGGCGUUAGAGUGCGACAGAAAUAGCCUUGAAUUCAUCCAUAACAGAAAGGAAACUCCCAUACGAGGCCGUGUGUCCUUCAGAAUCGGAGUGUACCUGGAUCACGGAGCAGGUGUUCUGUCCUUCUACAGCGUCUCUGAAACCAUGACUCUCCUCCACAGCGUCCAGACCACGUUCACUCAGCCGCUCCAUGCUGGGAUUUAUUUUCAUUAUCAUGGAGCCAUUGCUGAGUUUUGUGAGCUCAAGUAGGCAGACAUUUACAAAAUCAGCCGUAUGUGGGAACCUGUUUUCUUUGGUUUGUGCCUGGGUGUCCCAGAGUACGCCUGUCCAUGUCUGUCCAUGCAUCCGCUCAGCACUUGAAGGCAACAUCUUCAAG